GAAUAUCCGAACCUCCGGAAUAACGAAGCUUCGGAAUUACGAAUGUAUGCGGGAAUUAUUUACCCGCAAUCAAUGAACUGUUUGCAGUUAUUUUGAAAGAGGAAUUCUCAGUUCUCAUCGAGAUCAACAACCUGUUUAAUGAACGCCUUUUAACCCAUGGAUUGCAGAAAUUGACUGUUAAUCAUCAUCAACAUCGUCUUCACGGACAUUUCAAUUCGUUACAGUGACUCUUGUUAUUCAUCGUGCUUCAACAUCAGUUUCAUCAUCACCAUCAUUGUGAACUAUAACCCUGGAUUGUACAUCGGAUACUUCAAGAGAUUGUUGAAGUUCAACAGCUAUGACUUGUCAAGGAACAAAAGUAAACGCUAAUCUUCCGAUAUUUAGAGCAACAAAGAACGGGAGGUGCCUAUCCGGUGGAAAUUCAUGAGAUGAGAUGUAUAAAUGUGACCAAAUAACAGACCCAAACCUCAUACUGGUAUCAAGACUUUAUUUCUCCAAUAAGACAGUUUUCAACCAGUUUCACAAGAUUUAGACUUCCAUCAUGACGAAGGCCGUGUUCUUCACCAGCGCCAUCGUGCUUGCAGUCCUUCUCGUAGGAACAGAUCAUGCACAAGGCACGCCUACUUGUGAAGCAUGCAAAGCUGCUGUGAAUGCCUUGAGAGACAUUGGAACCGAUAUAACGGAGCGUUCUUGCCGAGAUGCAGUUGACCAAGAUGACGAAGACGAAUUGUGCGAAAGCCUGGCUGAUGCUGCCAAUGAAAUCAGUUCAAACGUAGUGUCGUCGAAAGAAAUUUGUAAAAGCAAGGGGUUCUGUUCGGAUCCACCGUCCUAUCCCAGGAACGAUAUUCACUUUCCAGAAGUUUCUAUAGACCCUGAAUUUGUGAGGGACGUGGCUGUUGUAGGAGGAACAGCAGUGCUCAUAGGUGGGAUUGCUGCACUUUUGAUCGAAUUGUCACCUGUACUGGUUCCACUCGUUAUGGUUGGUCGAAAGAGACGUGCCAUUUCCUCCACAGAUUGGAAUCUACGAGAGAUCAAUGAAGAGGAAGAGUACGAUCAGUUCAGGAACCUGGAUAACACGCCCAAUGCUGUCCAUGAUCUGUCUGAACGACUGGAUGCUAACAUGACCGCAGCUGAAAUGAAAUUGAUGUGUGAUGUGUGCAAACUCCGAAAAUCUCUCGAUCCCGCCAAUACCAAUGAGUCUGAUGGGGAGGGUCGGUCUGAAGGGAUGAUCCUGUGUCGAGCACUUCCAUCAAAGAGGGACCAGCGAAAGUGUAUUAAGGACCUUCGUCAGAUCAUCGAGACCAUAGGAUCCUUAUUUGGUCCUGUUGAAUCUUGUCAAUUUCUCAGCUGCGUUCUGGAGUAGCCUUGUCUACAGGUCACAAUUACAAUCGAAGUAACGAUACAUAGUCAAAUAUAACAAAUUACUGUGUCAAUCGUGAUAAUACAUACAAAUUGAAAGUAUAUAAUGAUUAUGAAAUGAUCAGUGUAAUGCUUGUUUGAUUUUUGUUUUUGUUCUCUUUAUUCAACCCGUUGACUACUGAAAUUUGUUAGUUCCAUACUGUUUGUACAGGGAUCACCGGGUUCCAGUGGCCAAUGGGUUAAAUAAAAAAAAUGGUUGGGGGACGUCCCCUUAAAUCUUCCUGGCAUAGAAUCAAAGACGUCGUUCUUCAUAUGCCAUACACUGUUAGAAUAUUUAUCGUUAAAAUAAAAGAAGUUCCUGCAGCAGUCUCGAGAACACCUGUAAUCUUACCAGAUUGCGUAAUCUUACAAGAAAUUGGUAUUUGGUGUAUGGAACCUUACAAACUUCCUUAAAUAAAACACCCUUUUCCCAUUUUUAAACAGACCUGCUCUGUUACGUUGCAGAAAAUUCCUGUUUUAUGAAUUUACAGAAUGAUUCUGUUAUUGCUUUCUGCAAAAUCAUCUCUUUUUUCUGUAAAAUCAGGGUUUUUUUAACAGUGUAGGCUUUUUUUACUUUCCAAGUAAUAUAUAGGCCUAAACAUCCCCCUCUCUCCCCACCCCCUCUCUUUCUCCCCCCCCCCCUCUCUCUCUCUCUCUCUCCCUCUUUGAUACACCCAGUGUGUCAUAAAUACAUGUGUUAAUUGGUUACACUUAUUGGCAAUCAAAUGAACUACAGCAGAAAGUCACGAAAUCUAUAAUAUCACUAUCAUAACUAUUGCUAUCAUAAUCAUAUUCUUUGCAAUUGUAAUCAUUAUUAUUGCAAUUGCUCUAGUCAUUAUUAUUAUCAUUUUGUUAUUAUUAUUACUGUUGUUGUUGCUGACGUUAUUAUUACCAUUGGUCUAAUGAUUUUCAUAACUUUGCGUUCUUUUGUCAUUAGUAUCAAUAUUGUUGUUAUUGUUAUUAAUGAUUAUAUUCAGUAUCAUAUAACCAAUAUUACUGUUAUCUUUCUCGUUAUACCAACGUGUAUAUGUUACCAGCCACAUCAAAGCGGACGAUGAGUCGUUCAAAAAGAAAUUUGAGAUUUCAAUUGAGCUUGAAAAAGCACAUCCUAAACAUUAAAAUGAUAAAAGGAUGACACCUGUCAAAAUUGAUCAACAUGAACCUUAACAGGUGCUUGCUUGAAUUAAAAAAAAAAUCAACGAGAGCUUAAAAAAAAAUCAGAAAAAACGGGUUUUGAAUAUCUUGGUCCCAUUUCAUGAAAAAAUUGCUAUGAUAGCGUCUCUGGAUGAAAUGUCAACUAUUAUUGGAAGAGCCAAUCAAGAAGCAGAAUUUUCACUGUUGUCAUGGUAACUGGCAUUGCAGCAAGACUUGCUAUCAUAUCAUCAUUUUUUUUUCAUGCUUUUCAUUGUGAUUCUUUUCAAGUGGAUCAGUGCGCUGUAGCCUACCUUUCCCCGUAGUAAAUGCGAAAAGUCCUGCCUGUUGGUUUUAGGGGGACUGGGACAUUACGUUCAUCCAUAUUAUUUGUAUACUCAGUUACUCAGAGCAUUAUUGUAACUUUUUGAGAAUGAAAGAGGUGUAUCUUGACGAUUAAAUGGACUAUUUUUUUAAAUGUUAA